AUGUUUCUCCCUCGUGAGCUUACACUUCUACCAUUUCUUUCCCUCUGCGCUCCGAGUUUGGUAGCUGCGAUCCCGACUUCUCGUGCUGUUGUGCCGGAGGUUACGGUUAGGAAUGGUAGUUAUAGAGGACUGCAUAAUACACGCUAUAACCAGGAUUUCUUUUUGGGGAUUCCGUAUGCGUUGCCACCAGUAAAAGAUCUUCGCUUCCGAGUUCCUCAAAGCCUAAACGAAUCAUGGACAACCCCCAAAUUGGCAACCGAAUAUCCUCCUUUCUGUGUAGGAUAUGGAUCAGAUGAUUUUGGACAUGAAGUUGAUGAAGAUUGUCUUUAUUUAAACAUCGUUCGACCCGCAUCCAUACCCAAAAAUGCAUCUCUGCCAGUUGCAUUUUGGAUACAUGGUGGUGGAUUCUACGAAGGCGGUUCCAAUGAUGCUCGUUACAACUUAUCGUACAUUGUUCAAAAUAGUGUGGAGAUGGGCACACCUAUGAUAGGUGUCUCAGUUCAAUAUCGAUUAUCUGCUUGGGGAUUCCUUGGUGGGAAUGAGGUGCUCGAAAGUGGUGAUACGAAUUUAGGAUUUAGAGAUCAGAGAUUGGCGAUGCAGUGGGUUCAUGAAAAUAUUGAACAUUUUGGAGGUGAUAAAAAGAAGGUUACUAUUUGGGGAGAAAGUGCUGGAGCUGCUAGUGUGGGUGCACAGCUGUUGGCCUAUAAUGGACGAAAUGACCACCUUUUCCGCGCUGCAAUCUCCGAAUCCGGUGGCCCUGCUGUCCUUUUCUUCCCUGAGGCCUACUACAAUGCUUAUAAUUCCACCACUCCGCAAACUCUCUUCCAAACCCUCGUCGCAAAUACCACUUGCGCAAAUACACUCGGUUCAAACACCACAUCAACCACAUCUCUCCAAUGUCUCCGCACUCUCACCUUCUCCGAUUUAAAUUCCGCUCUCAACAUAUCAACCAGCGGAUUCGGUCCCUUUUUCCCAUACAUCGACCACGACUUCAUAGCCGAUUAUCCCAGUAAACAACUCGCCGCGGGAAAAUUCGUCAAAGUCCCCUAUCUCAUCGGCACCAACACAGACGAAGGAACCGCAUUCGGAUCCGGCUACGGACCAGACGGCAACGGUGUAAACACAGACGCUGAAUUCAUCUCCAUGCUGAACUCUACCGGUCUCCCCCCCUCCUCCAACGCAUCCCUCUCCAUCCAAACCCUCUACCCCAACAACCAAAGCGUCGGCAUCCCCAGCUUAGAAAUGUACCCCGACCUCUUCACCCCCAGCAAUCCGCUCACCGCAACCUGGGGCUUACAAUCCCGUCGCGUAUGCGCUUACAUGGGUGAUUUAAUCAUGCAUGCCCCGCGCCGUCUAACUUCUCUCUCGUGGAAAAAAUUCAAGAUCCCCAUCUACACCUACCGUUUCGAUGUCCUUGUAAAUGGACUUCCUAAAAAUAUGGGCGCGACCCAUUUUCAAGAGGUCGCGUUUGUGUUUAAUAAUACGAAGGGGGCUGGGUAUGAUACUAAUCCUUUUGGGAAUGUGACGGAGGGGUAUUUUACCCUGGCGCAGGAGAUGAGUAGGAGGUGGGUGGGGUUUGUGACGCGCUUGGUGCCGGAUGUGGAGGGGAUGGGGGUUAGGUGGCCGGAUUAUGCGAGAGGGGAGAGGAAUUUGGUUUUUAUGGGGAAUGGGAGUUUUGUGGAGGAGGAUACUUUUAGGAAGGAGGGGAUUAGGUUUCUUAUGGAGCAUAGUUUGGAUGUUUAUGGGAAGUAG